GGGGGCGGACUGGAGGGUCCGGGAGCGUGGCGCUGGGACUGGAGCAGUUAGAGCGGCCGCCUGUCGGGGCCCGCCAACCACCACCCCGCACCCCUCAGCUCCAGCCGCAGCAGCAACAACUGGGAGCUUUCUCUGGCUGAGGUUCCUGGGCCCCUUUCCCCACUCCUUCCGUCCUGCCCCCCCCACCUCCCUUUUCUCUCCCCGACUUCUCCCUUCUUCAGGCUCCCAGCUUCUGCCCCCCUCUGGCCCCUUUGUUCAGCUUCCCUUCUCCCUACUUCUUCCUGGGCUCCCUUUCCCGAUCCCUUACCCCCCCAUCCCCCCACCCCAGCCCUUUCCACUUUCCGUCUUUCCUCAGGACCCCCUUAGCUCUUUCUCUCCAGCCGCUUCAUUUCCCAUUCUUUCUUCUUGUCCUUCAUCGUCCGGCACUCCAACAGCAUCUUUCCUCGAUCCCCAUCUCUCACCCCUCUGUGACUCCCAUUAAUUAGCUCCUCUCCUUUCCUCCCCCGGCUCUCCGCUCCUGGAAGCUCCUCUUCCCACAGCCCCUUUGCUCCUUCUUCGGCCAUGCUGCGCCCCUCGAAGUCUGCACCCCCGACCGAAGUCUAUCCUUCGGAGAAGAUCGUGGUCCUCCUGUCCUGCGUCCUCUCCUUCCUGGGCUCCAGCCUCCUCAUAGGCACCCAUGCCCUGUGGCCGGACCUGAGGAGCCGCGCUAGGCAGCUGCUCCUCUUUUUGUCCUUGGCUGACCUGCUCUCUGCCGCCUCCUACUUCUAUGGGGUCCUCCAGGACUUCCAGGACACCACUUGGGACUGCGUGGUGCAGGGAGCCCUCUCCACCUUCGCCAACACCAGCUCCUUCUUCUGGACCGUUGCCAUCGCGAUUUACUUGUAUGUCACCAUCGUCCGCAGCAGCCAGGGCCCCUGGGCUGGGACUCGCCUCCUGUAUUGCUUCCACCUCAUCAGCUGGGGCAUCCCACUGGCAAUCACCGCAGCUGCUGUUGCUCUGAAGAAAAUUGGCUAUGAUGCCUCUGACGUGUCCGUCGGCUGGUGCUGGGUCAACAUUGAAGUGGAAGACCGGUUGCUGUGGAUGCUGCUGGCAGGGAAGGUCUGGGAGAUGCUGGCGUACCUGGUGCUCCCCGUGCUAUACAUUCUCAUCAGGAAGCACAUCAGCAGGGCGCGCGCUGCGCUCUCAGAGUACCGACCUCUCCUGGCAGAGAUGCACGCUUGUCAGCACCGGACCGCGGUAGCGGAUAAGAAGCUCAUUCUCAUCCCUCUCAUCUUCAUCUGCCUGCGGGUCUGGAGCACCGUCAGAUUCAUCCUGACUCUCUGUAACUCCCCUGCCGUGCAGACUCCUGUGCUGGUGGUCUUACAUGGAAUCGGGAACACAUUCCAAGGAGGUGCCAACUGCAUCAUGUUCGUCCUCUGUACCCAAGCUGUCCGAGCCCGGCUCUUUUCUCUCUGCUGCUGCUGCUGCCGACGCUUGUCUCCUUCUCUGGAGAAUCCUGAUAGCAAUUACGGGGGCCCCUUUCCCUCAAGGACAGAAGAGUCCCACCAUUCUAAAUAGACCCCAUCUGACCUGCCAAGCACCUCAGUUUCUGACCCCAGCUCUCUUCUUGCCGAAAUAUGUGGGUGGCUUCUGUGUCCUGGAGCACCCCUCCCCCCCUUGAGCUGUAAGGCUUUGAAAACUGACCUGCAGAUGGAGCCAAAAGCUCGGGAGCCUCCCCCUCACAGCUCAACCCCUGGAGGGAAGAAGGUAGAGAGGUUUCCUUCUGGUCUGCCCUUUCUCUCCUGCCCAGAGGUCCUCAACAAGAUGCUAAUUGGACUACCUCCCCCUUUAGUGCUCUCCGCUCCCCGCCCCUUUCCCCACCAAACGCACAGUUAGGAUUCCUUUUCUCCAGGUGUGCAGAGGGGCAGGGAAAACAUGCUGACAUCACCUGCCACGCCCAGGGCAGGCUGGCAGGAAGUCUCAGCCCUGGCCCAUCCUUUGUGCAGCACUUUGGGUAAGCUGGGAUGACAGCAACUAGUCAAAACCUGCCCCAGCGACUCUUCUCUCUUGGAGAAUAUAAUUGCAUUUAAUUUAAAAGAUAAUUCUCCCCUGCUAGGAGGGUUGAAAAAAAAAACCAACAAACCCAAAACCUUUUGACUAAAUAAUAUGCCUUUACCUGGUGUCUUGACACCCAUGCCCCAGGUUCUGGGUGGAGUCUGCAGUUUAGGGUUACUGGCUGCCCCAUCUCUUCUUAUCCUGAGGUCAGAACAGCCAAGAAGAGUGACUCCAAUGCUUUUGGACACAGCCCUGGGUCAGCUACCCCUCCAGUGGAUUUCACUCUCUUCUCCAAAGUGCUCUUAAUUGUGUUCAUCUGGAACAGAAAUUCUGAAGGAUGCUGAGACCCUUGGAGUGUUUUUCUGAUCCUUUCCUAUUUUCUAACCCAACUGCCAGCCAAAUGCCUAUUUCUUUGUGGGGGAUGGUUUUUGUAGAGAAAUGAUUUUUAUCUUUGCAAGACCAGGAUCCUAUUGUCCACUACAGGGAAAACACAUUUUUAUAAAGUCCUUGCUGUAACUUAAUAAACUGCUAUGUGUUUGUGGGA